AUGACUCCAGCAGCUAACUUGUCAGGACAGUUUGGAGAUACCACUUACACCAAAGUAUUUGUUGGUGGUUUGGCUUGGGAGACUCACAAGGAAACCAUGAAGAAGUACUUUGAACAGUUUGGUGAGAUCUUGGAAGCUGUGGUCAUCACUGAUAAGACCACUGGCAGAUCCAAAGGCUAUGGAUUUGUAACUUUUCGGGAACCUGAAGCGGCCAUGAGAGCAUGCGAUGACGCAGCUCCUGUGAUUGAUGGAAGGAGGGCAAAUUGCAAUCUUGCUUCUUUGGGUGUUCAAAGAUCUAAGCCUUCUACCCCCAAACAUGGAGGAGGCCGGAACUUUAGGGUAAUGAGCUCUUUUCAGGCUGGUGGAGUGGGAGCAGCUUUUCCUUCAGCAGCAACCUUCCCUCAUUAUGCCAUCCAACAAGGGAUACCUUAUAAUGUUUAUGGGUAUUUCUCCACACUGUCCCGUCUUCGUCUUCCUUCUCCAGGCGACGAACAUGACUCGGUCUUCAAUUUAGGUGAGGCGACGAACAGUCUUCGUCUUCAACCACGAACAGCUGAGUCCUCUGAUUUCCUUUGA